ACCCCACCGCACCUCUGCAUUGCCUCACGGCGAUCGAACUCUUUCUCUCUCUCUCUCGUUCGAUCGCCCGCCCCUGGCGCCAUCCACAUUAAUCGACAUCUCAGGAGCCACAGCUUGCUCGCUCGAGGCUUCUUCUUGGUCUGCCAGCUGCUGCUGCUUCUGCUGCUGCUGCUGCUGCUGCGGCGGGAGUGGCUGGGAUUGUAUCCGACGACCAUGACUCCUGCCGGGAGAGCGAUAGUUACGCUGUGCGUGGCGAGCGCCGCUAUCGUCAUUGCCGCAUCCUCGACUCCGUUUGCCCAGCAGGCCUCGUCACGUGAUGGCGGCUGCCGGCCGGGAUUCGCCGUGAGCCACGUCUGUGCGGACAUCCCGAAGAGUGUUCCGUCAGGCCACGUUAUCCUCACCCUCCCGUUCCGAUCGUGCGGCGGCAUGCCGGCGCCGACGUUCGCAGUGAGGCCGCGCUCUCUGCACGUGACCUCUCGCGGGGUGCUCAUGACGUCGCGACCUCUGACCCUGGCCGCGGGGUCGGAACUUCACGUGGCCGUGAGGGCGCGCGGCAUUCACGGUGGCAAAACGUGGAGGAGUGCAGCACGGGUUCUUGUGCGGUGCCACGCUCAGGAUGGUGCGGUGUCGUCUCGGUGCCCGAGCCGCGUUCGUCGAGAGUGGACAGUUCCAAAACCUUACGUCAACGAGAACGAUCCCGGCCCCUACCCGGCCUUCGUCACCAUGUACACAUCGGACAAAAUGAAGGCUCACAUGUACAAGCUCACGGGCCCCGGCGCGGAUGAGGAUCCCGUGGGGCUGUUCUACCUGGACGACCAUGGACGGAUAUACGUGAAGGAAGCUGUGGAUCGCGAGACGCUGAAAGUUUACCAAAUGUUUGUGCACGCGUACGACGAACAGGGCCACGAAGUCGAAAAUCCUGCCACGAUGACGGUGCUGGUGACCGACGUCAAUGACGAGACUCCGCAGUUCGUGGAGAAAAACUUCACGGGAACGGUGCUGGAGAACCAACCAGCCGGCACGACCGUAAUAAAUAUAGAGGCGACAGAUGGAGAUGAUCCAGCUACAGACCACGUCAUCAUCAUGUACACCAUCAUCUCCCAGAAGCCACCCUUACCCAAAGCGUUCACCAUCGACAGGAGCAGUGGCACCAUCACUACCCUGAUAAAACUGGACAGAGAGGCCGUGAGUCAGUUCCUGCUGGAAGUGAACGCCAGUGACUGCAACGGCUCCCCCAUAGGGCUCAGCAACACGACCACUGUGACCAUCAUCGUGGGGGACACAAACGACAGCCCCCCAGAGUUCACCUCCCCCAAGUACGAGGGGACGGUGCGGGAGAACGAGCUGGUGACGCAGGCGGUCUUGCUGGACAUUCGAGAUGCGGACGCUCCGGGCUUGCCCGCGUGGCGAGCCGUCUACACCGUCACUAGCGGCAACGAAGAGGGGCACUUCGCCAUUGCCACCGAUGCCAAGACCAACCAGGGCGUAUUGUCCGUCGUCAAGCCACUGAACUUUGAAGCGAUAACAACGGCUGACAAGACGGUUCCUCUCGUGGUGACGGUGGCCAACGAGGAGAAGCUCCUUCCCGGCGCGGUCGCAUCGUUGUCGUCGUCUGCCACGGUGCUCGUGCGCGUCACGGACGUCAACGAGGACGCGGCUUUCAUUCCGUCGGUGCGCAUGGUGGAGUGCGUCGAGGGGUCGCCGCUGGGAUCGCCGCUCGGGGUCUUCUCCGCGCAGGACCCCGACACUGGGACAACGCACAACUUCACCUACAAGAUCGUGUCAGACAAGGCGGGCUGGCUGGCGAUUGACCCAAGCACAGGAGCACUUAGCUUGGCUGGGGACGUGGACUAUGAAGACCCCGAGUACAUCCGCAAUGGGAAGUACAACGUGACCGUCAUUGCCAUCGAUGCAGGUCGCCCGGACUUCACCUGCACAGGAACGGUGGUUCUGAACAUUGUGGACGUCAACGACCAUGCUCCCAAGCUGGCGGGGCCUUUGUUUGCAACAGGGGCCUCAACGCCACACCUCUGCCUGGCCAGGCCUUCUGAGGGUCUUCCACUCAUGGCCACCGAUGAUGACUCGCCUGCUCAUGGGGCCCCCUUCUACUUUCAAUUGGUCAACAAGCCUCCCGGCACCGACGAGCUGUGGGAGGUCGUGACUCUGAACGCCACGAACGCGCGAUUGCAGGCACGCGUGACCCCCUCAGGCAAGGGCCCCCUGCCCGGGGUGCACCAGCUCUCGGUGCUGCUGAGGGACCGGGAAGGACUCGGAGAGGCGAGACAGAUCACCGUGCGUGCCUGUCACUGCUUGGGCCUACUCAAGGGCUCGGGUUGCGUGACUCCCGCUGGGUCGGUGGGCCUCGGAUUCGACGGCUUGGCCGCCAUUGUGUUCCCGAUCCUCACUCUGCUGCUGUUCGGAGUUCUCUACUGCUGCUUCUGCCGGCAGCCGCGACCGGCGCUGAAGGUCCCCGAUGUCUGGGCUGAGUCGCUCGUCCAGUACAACCAGGAGGGCGGUGGUGAGAAUGCAACGACUCUCUCAUCGCUGGUUAAUAAUCUCGACCGUGAUGCAACCUUCAGCAAACACGGUGGACUGUCCAGCCCCUGACAUCGGCGUGCUGCACAAGCCUCCAUCGGCCUUAAGUCGUGGAAGAUUCCAUGGGGUAACAGCUGUCAUCGGCACCCGUAAACGGAACCAAGUGGCUUCUACGCUCCCGCCGUUCGACUGUCUCCCAAUAUUCUUAGGUUUUUUCGGUAAAGUCACGUAGGUAAAAAAUAAAAAUUAAUAAAAGUAAAAUAAAAAUAAAAAUCACGGCGUUUCGGAGGCAACACAAGCUUCCGUCUUCAGGUGGAACCGUCACAGCCACGACAGCUGUAUCAAGUAAAUGAGAGAUUACAAGAGCUACCACUCCGUUUAUAUAAUGGUUGAAGAGGGGAAGGGCCAAGUACGGCACACUUUUUAUUAAUAUGGUAAGGUGAGGCUUAAGACUAAGAAUAGACUGCAUAACAAAAGACGGAGCCUUUGUUAUGGAGAGGUACGAUUUGUGACUACGCCUAGCCUACAUAACAAAA